AUGCCGGCCCCCACCCUGCCAGAGUUGCUGGUCAGGCCCAGGGCCCGGCGUCUCUCGCGGGAGGCGGCCCGGCACAACCUGAGCCACCUGGCGGACACGCCGAUGCUGGCCAUCCACGGAACGCGGCGACGGGCAGCCGAGGGUUCUGGCCGGUCCGGCUGCCUGCCCGUCUUCUGUGCUUACCUGCGCAUGCGGAUGUCCUUGGAGAGGGAGCACGCGGUCUCCACAGGCACCCCAGCUGAGUUCCGCGCUCGCACCUACCAACAGCUGUGGCGCCGAGCUCAGAGCAGCGUCGGGGAGGUCCUGCAGCUGGAGGCGGCAGGUCCUGGACUGGACACUGACCAGGAGAACCUGUUCCUCAAGUAUGUGCGGAUCUUCCACCAGCUCCAGCUGCUACAGGACCAGAUGGUGCAGCCCCAGAAGUGGCAGCUGGUCCAGCAGCUCCUGCAGGCUCUGAUGGGACGUCUGUUGGAGGUGCGACGGGACAUGGUGGAGAGGGGCCUGAGCGAGUUCCGAUUCAUGGACAACACCAUGCAGGACCUGAAGCUGACCCCCAGCAGCGUUGAGAUUCCCAUCCCCAGGUACUUUACCAGGGAAGCGGAGAAGCUCCGUGAGGAUCGAAAGGUUCUCCUGGGUCGGCUUUUGGAGCCGGAAGGACCCGUGGUGGAGGCAGAGGUGCUGCUGACCACGGAGGAGGCCGUGCGCAUUGUCCAGGCGGCGGAACGCGGCCGGCAGGGCCGUCUGCGUGCCGACAUCAUGAGGAACAUCUGGAGGGAGGAGCAGAGGGAGAAACGCAGGAAGCUGCUGCCCCCCGUCACCAUGGAGAGCCGACACGCUGCCACACUCAUCCAGAAGGUGUGGAGGGGUUACCACCAAAGGAAGCAAACAGUCCACCAGCGAGCCGAGGAGUUCAAGUUCAUCGGGAUGGUGCCCAGUGCAGUCCCGGAGACGCCGGCUGCAGCCACGGCGGACGCGGAGGAGCAGAUGCAUGCACUACAGGCACAGCGCUGGGCAGAGUUCGUGAGGGACCAGCCCCGGAUCCGGCAGCUGGUGUUGGACACGGAGGGGCCGGAGCUGAGGGAGACGCUGAGGGGGCAGAUCCGCAACUGGUUCAUCGAGUGCUACAAUGCCAGCGGGAGGUUCCCGGACUAUCCCACUCUGGAACAGGGAGGCUCCGCCCUCAUCUUCACGCAGAAAACCCCGGAGCAGCUGUUGGCCGAACUGGCCGCGGAGGCGGAGGAGAGGGAACGCCAGGCCGCAAAUAAAGGAUCGAAGAAGGAGGCAGUUGCCGAGGGGAAGCAAAGGAAGAGGAAGAAGGGUACAGAGGUGAGGCUGCGUACGCACACACUGUGCGCUGCGUACUUCACUCUGCACACAGUGCGCAGGACUGUGUAA